AUGCCGGCGCUGUGCGGAGCUGGUGACUCCGGCCAGCCUGCCGUGGCGCGCGGAGAGCUGGGCCCUGUUCUGCCCGAGAGCGAAAGCACCGUCCUUCGUGGUCUAUGUAUUGAUACAACAUAUUUUCUGAAGACUGUAAUUUCCCUUUUCUUCCCUUUCACCAAAGGAUAUGGUUUUGGGUUAAUAAAACUUGAUUUGAAAACAAAAUCCGAAAAUGGACUGGAAUUUACAAGCUCAGGUUCAGCAAACUCAGAAACGAGCAAAGUUAGUGGUAGUUUGGAAACAAAAUACAAAUGGGUGGAAUAUGGAUUGAUGUUCACAGAAAAGUGGAACACCGAUAACACGCUAGGCACCGAGAUUACUCUCGAAGACCAGCUUGCACGUGGCCUGAAGCUGACCUUUGAUUCCUCCUUCUCUCCUAACACUGGGAAGAAGAGUGCUAAAGUUAAGACAGGGUACAAAAGGGAACACAUCAACAUCGGCUGCGACAUGGAUUUUGAUAUUGCUGGUCCUUCAAUACGUGGAGCCCUGGUGGUUGGCUACGAGGGGUGGCUGGCAGGUUACCAAAUGACUUUUGAGACAACGAAGUCUAGAGUAACCCAGAGCAACUUUGCUGUUGGCUAUAAGACCGAUGAAUUCCAGCUUCAUACUAAUGUGAACGAUGGAACGGAAUUUGGAGGCUCCAUUUACCAGAAGGUGAAUGAUAAACUGGAAACUGCUGUGAAUCUUGCUUGGACAGCCGGUAAUAGCAACACUCGCUUUGGAAUAGCAGCCAAGUAUCAGAUUGACCCAGAUGCCUCUUUUUCUGCUAAAGUGAACAACUCCAGUCUGAUUGGAUUAGGAUACACUCAGACUUUAAAGCCAGGUAUCAAACUGACAUUGUCAGCUUUGUUGGAUGGCAAGAAUGUCAACGCAGGUGGUCACAAACUUGGUCUAGGAUUGGAAUUUGAAGCAUAAGGAGUGAUUCUACAAUCACUAAUUUGAAAAUACAGCAUAGCUACCUUCAGAAUAUAGUGUACCUUUCAAUGUUUUAUGUCUGGGGUGCAAGUAUUGCUAAGUAUCAGUCCUGCUAGUCCUGGUUAAAGACAGCUAAGCUUUAAAAAUGAUGUUGUGAAAGAAAUGGAGACAAAAGCAUAAAAAAAAAUCCUAAUUCCAGGCUUUUUUUUGGAAUGCUGUUGCCCAUCACAUCUGUCAGCUGCCACGUGAUAGGAAGUAGGAAGGUAUUGAUUACCUUUACUAGCAUAUUGACUGCGCAAGGAAUAUGUUAAUGUGGUAUAAAAACUGAGACGUUAAGAAUCGCAGACCACUACAUUGUACUGUUAAUUCCGUAAGCAAAAUGUUCCGACACUUAAGGUUUCAAUUCACAAUGGAAUGUGCAAUUUGUCUGAAAAAGGGAUUUUAAAAAAAAAAAAAUUUUUUUAGAUAGGCAUUUCAUAAAUGGCUUGUCCUUUUUUGUUACCUUGCACCUACAGCUGUCUCCAGAAUGCUUUAGGUUGUCCACC